AGGACGCCUUGGGGGCACCGAGGGGGCUCCGUGGGGGACCGUGGGGCCCUGUGGGCCGGGCCGCGAGUAUGGCUGCUCCGCCUGGGGUGCCGCCGAUGCGGGUGCUGGAGGAGGCGCUGGGCAUUGGCUUGUCGCCCACGGGCGACGCGGCAGAGGCGGUGGCCGCCGAGGGCGCCUACUACCUGGAGCAGGUGACCCUGACUGAGGCUUCUGAAGAUGAGUGUGAAUACGAGGAGAUACCAGAUGACAAUUUCAGCAUUCCAGAAGGUGAAGAAGACCUGGCAAAAGCAAUUCACAUAGUUCAAGAGCAUGCUACAGAUGUUCAGAUUCUGGAGCAGAAAACAGUUCUUCCUUCAAGACACGUAGUACAUGAAGCCAUAGAAGAUUUUCUCUGUAAUUUCCUGAUAAAAAUGGAAAUGACCAGAACUCUGGACUGCUUUCAGGCCGAAUGGUAUGAGUUAAUACAGAAGGGAGAAACUGACCUCAGAGCCCUCGGAAAUGUUCCAGAUGUCUACAGCCAGGUGAUGUUUUUAGAGAGUGAGAACAAAAACCUGAAGAAAGAUUUGAAACGUGUCAAACAGGCAGCUGAAAGGGCCAGAGAAGAUCUGCUGAAAACUCAGAAGGAACGGGACUUUCAUCGCAUGCACCAUAAGCGCAUAGUGCAAGAGAAGAACAAGCUGAUCGCAGACCUGAAAGGGCUGAAAUUACAUUAUGCAUCUUAUGAACCAACUAUUAGGGUGUUACAUGAGAAGCACCAUGCUUUACUGAAGGAGAAAAUGCUGACCUCCUUGGAAAAAGAUCGAGCUGUUGGGAAGAUUUCUGGGCUUCAAGCAACACUGAAGAACAUAGACAUCAGACAUAUUCAGGUUCCUAUAAUCAAAGUUGGUCACAAUUGUGAGAAAGAAAACAAGUCCGAAGGCCCUACUCAGAAAUGCCUUCGUGAAGCCAGGGAAGAAAAUGGGCCUAAAACAAAGAUGAAGAAUGGUAAAAAGGCCUUCUCCAACAGAUUCCAAGAGGGUGCUAAUACGGUCAGUACAAGAUCAUCACUCUGCCCAACUCCAUGUCUCCGUCAGCAGGAGCAGAGCAGGAACUCUCAAACUUGGAAUAGGAUCGCGACUCAGCAGAGCUCCAGUAGCAAAAGACAUCAAAGUACAGGGACACCCAGAAUAAGACCAAGCAGGUCAUCUUGGCUCUCCCAGCCAGAGUCAAAUGGAAGAUUCUGAGCAGUACAUCUUCAUUGUCCCUCUGUACUGUCUUUUAUCAGCAUCAUACCAUUUUCUUUAUUUUCUUCUGAACAUCUGAAGGAACCCAAGAUUCCCAACUCAUCAUAUAUUUUCAGAACUUUAAUUUCACCACAUCACUCUUCCUGACCAAUCAAUUUCUCUUUCCCUAACUUCUGAAACUGUUGGUACUUCAUGGCCUCAAGUUCAGUUUUCUUGUUCCGCUGUAGUGUUCCUUCUGUCCUGUGCCACUGGAAAUCUAGCUGCUCCUAGUAAUAGCCGUGCAGCCAGUGGAGUCCUGGCAAGAGUUUAGGAGUUGGUUUCUUAAAGAGCAGCAUGAGGGGAGGUGAUGGUGUUAGAAAUACAGCUCAGUGGUUGAAGCUACAAUCUAAUGUAGCUGAAUUUGCAUUGGAGACUGGUAUUCACAGUCAGCCUCCUGAGCCAGCUCCAGCAUGCCAUGAUUUGAAAGUGCAGUUUGGGGUGUUUAUUUUCUCUAGACUCAGUCAGUGCUCUGGACCUUUACUUCCUUUGCUACUUCCAACCAUGGUCCUUCCCUGUUUCUUGAAUAUUCCCUUCCUGGAUUCUCAUUUUGAUCAGAUUAUCCCAGUCAUAAUAAUUGCUUAUUUCAAGCACAUCGUUUCUAGUGAUUUCUUUUCUUCUUCUUCCUCCUCCCCCUCCUCCUCCACCUCCUCAAUUUCCUCCUCCUCCUCCUCUUCCCUCCUCCUCCUUCUUCUUUUCUUCCUGUUUUUCUGGACCAGGUUUUUCUGUAGCUUUGGAGCCUGUCCUGGAACUAGCUCUUGUAGACCAAGCUGGCCUUGAAUUCACAGAGAUCUGCCUGCCUUUGCCUCACGAGUGCUGGGAUUAAAGGUGUGCACCACCACCAUCCAACUCUAGUGAUUUUUAUAAAUGGAAAGCAAUGAAUCCCGGAGACAUUGCCAUUUUCUUUAUGAUUCUGACCCUACACUUAAUGAUUUAAAUUAUCUCGUAAUGCUUCUAACACUGUGAACUUUGAACUUCUUGACAUUUGUCCCCAGUGAGCACAGUUCAUCAUCGUCGGCCACUCAUUCUCACAGCCAUUUCUUAGGCCUUGCUGCUGCUCAUAAAUGACUCUUACUAUCAUUUACUGUUUGUGCCUCACUCCUGAACCCUGCAUGUAGAUCACCAUUCAGUUCUUGUAUGUCUUUUGUCACUUCCUCUGUGUGACACGGCUUUGAGUUCUGCUGACAUAUUCCUAAGCUCUGAUUUUAAGUACCCAACAGCCUAUUUCCUGCCACAGUUGUCUCCACCCACUUUUCCACAUUUGUUAAUAGAAGUGCUACCCUUUCAGCUCCUUUGUUUAAGCCCUCGGCAGUUAUCCUGAGCCUCGGGUGUCCAUCUGUCUGUCUCCUCUCCCCUUUGAUAUGAAAGAAAUUAUUUCUCUAUGUUCUUGAAAAUGAUCUCUCCUUUCGUAACACCAGAGCCGUUUCCCUAAUACCUCCUCCCCUAUCACCAGCCCUCACUCUGGCUCUUGCUACAUGUCCUUCAUCUGUAACUAAGAUUAUUGCAGAAAUUUUUUUGCUAGUCUCUGCUUUUGUCCUUAUUUUCCUAUAAACACAGUAGCUAGAGCCAUUAUUCUAAAAGGAGUCAACGUAUAACAUUUCUUUGCUGAAAUCUUUUCAGAGUCUGUCUUAAUCAUAGUCCCAGGGAAUUCCAAGCAUGAUGGCUUCUGAGGCUCGCUGUAUUCCCAACUAUUUACCUCUCUUUUCUCCUGCUAUAUAUUGCGUUCACAUUCCAGGCUUCUAUGAGUUUCUAAAACACUGUAUAUAUGCUCCUGCCUUGUCGAAUUUGAGUUUGAGGCUUUCUUUGUUUGGGUUGUUCACUUGGAUAUAUUAAAGUCUCAUCCCAUUAUUCCCAGUUAGCCCAAUUUCUUUAAUAUUUUCCAUAGCUAUACAAUCUAUAUUAUCUUUGAUUAUUGUUUAUUUUUACAAUAGGGUCUCCUUAUGAUGUAGCUCUGCCCAGUCUUACACAUGAAAUCCUCCUGCCUCAGCCUCUUCAGUACUGAGAAUCAAGUCUGCACCGUCACUCCCGUCACAGUGUAAAUUGGAAUGUGCUUGCUUAUCCCUUGCUGCUUCCUGCACCUCUUUCCCGCCCCACCUUUCACUCAUGUGCCCUUGCGUUGUUUUACAUGAUAUGCCAUGCUGAUCAGCUUGUUCAUUGCAGUCCUUGUCACUGAAAUACCAGCUCCAUAAGAGCAAGAACGUGCAGCUUUUUAUUCAUUCCUGUGACAUUUCCAGGCCGACAGACUCAUCUGGAAAACAGACAUCCUGUUUCUGCACACCUGCAUGAGUGCCUAAGUAAAACUGUGGUCUGAGAUUGGUAUAGAAAACACAUUUACUUAGCAGGAAUUAAUCUGAAGUUAUUACCUUUUAAGCUUUUUUUUUCCCUUAUGGUUUGUAGUUUGGUGGAAUUUCUUUAGUAAAUAACGAUAUCAUCUGUGAAUAAUGAUGGUUUUCACUUAGAGGUGGAAAUUUUCGUUUUACUUAUGAUUGCAUAUUGCUUAGAACCUCUAGAAAGUUGCUGUAUAUGUGACAGGCAUUCUUACCCUUAUUUCUUUAAAAAGGGAAUGCUUCUGAUGUUGCAACACAAGGAAUAUUUGUUGUUUUGGUAGAUAGUUAGGAUUUAUUAAGUUUGUCUAUGUUUCAUCAUGAUAUCUAAAUUUUUAAAUAACAUUUUAGUGGCAAUUUGUAAGUCAUGUUUAAGUGUCAUGAUUUUAUUUCAUCAUGAAUAUUGUGACUUCUGGUUCUGAGGUGAUUUUUCCCACUAAUAUUUCAAUGUGGUAAAUGCUAUUGCAGAUUUUCUGAAUAAACAAUCUUUUCCACUUCUUGGGUAAAACUAACUGGUUGCUUGUCUGUGAUUUGGUUUGUGCAGUGCUGGAUAUUGCUAUAAUUGUUAUCACACGCCUCAUUUCUAUUAGAAAUUUCUAUGUUGGAAGAAAUACAGUAAUCUCUAUAUUGUAAGAUAAGUAUUGAGAUUCCUAAAAUUGUUGUCUUUUUGAAAUUUUUAAUGAACUGAAUAAUGUCAUUAUAUAUUCUUU